CCGAGUUCUCCCCAUUCCUCACGCUCACGCUCUUUCCCCAGACCCUGACCAUCCUUCUCUAUACACAGUCAAACAGUUUACCUGCCCUCCAUGCCUUAUAAACACCUUAUGCUCUUCAUUCUUCAUACCCUUCAAACGCUCCCUUACAAGCCUUGGAAACUUAUUCAACUGCUUUGUGUUAUUACUCUUGACUCUUAUUCCUUACCCGAUACAGAAAAUAAUCAAAAAUAGACAUGACGGAAACAAGAAUGGACUUGGACAAAUCCAUUAUCAUUAAUCAAGCAUUCCAUGGUUGUGAAUUGGCAAAAGACCUGCAAAACAAGCUUCAUUCCACAUCACAAUCUGAACUAGAUCUGAAUGAUAUCAUAGGGCCUUCUGUAGAAAUUGUAAACACAUUCGGUAAAGUCUUAGAAUUGCUUGGCUACAAUUCUAAUCAAUUUGUCCCUGAUGAAGAUAUUCAGAGAAUUGGGCAAUCACAGGCCAUGCCCAUCAUAGACAGCAAACUGUAUGGGGCCUCCUCACUCACAAAUUUACGUAGUCCAGGCAAGCUCAAAUCCCCUGCUGAAAGUUCUGACAAGGAAAAACCAAGCGAGGAGGAAAGUCCUAAAAGAAGGAAAAAUUUCCCCAGAUGGAAUUUAAGGGUACCUGCCGCAAGCAUUUCUGAAACCGGAUCUGAUGGGCCGACAGAUGAUGGCUUUUCGUGGCGCAAAUAUGGGCAAAAGGAUAUUCUAGGGUCCCAGUAUCCUCGAAGCUAUUACAGAUGCACCCAUAAAACUGAUAUGGGUUGCCGGGCUAAAAAACAAGUACAGCGGGCAAAUGAUGAUCCUUCAUUCUUUGAUGUAAUAUAUAUAGGUGGUCACUGCUGCCAAAUCAAUCCCCAAGUCCUUGAAAUCCAGAAUUUUUAUGGGCCUCCUCAGAUUGGUUCCACCGGCAUGCCAACAGUUCCAAGCACUCUCCUCUUUGGCGGUUCACAGCCUGAAUCUUCUACAGGCCAUGUAUUGCUGUCUGCCAUUCAAGGGGAAACUUCAAGAAGCCUGUUAACCAGAGACCCAGUUGUUUGCAAAGAAGAAACUGACAAGGGUUAUGAUUUUGGAAAAGCCCCACUGUUCCCAUACAACCCUGAUUUAGUUCACAUGACACAACAUGCAGAAAAUCCAACAGAAAACCCUAACCUAAUGGACUACUAUAGGUUUUGGGGUGCAGGGCAACAAGAUCCGAGCACCAAUCCUGCAAACAUACCCCUUCCUCUGUUUAGGGAAGAAAAGAAUCUGAUUGAUUUUCUUCCUCAACAGGCAAAAGAAUAUCAGGGUCCUUCAUGCAGUGAGGGAGAGCCCAGCUUUGUCUCCUUCUUUGGGCCUUCUGUGGGAUCUGAAUCAAGCUUUAUGGAUAUGAUGGAUUCAGGGGACAGUGUAAGCCCUCAUAUGCAGGCCUCCAAAUCUGAAUUCACAGAUGCUGUAUCGGGGGAGACAUCUUCUUCCCCUAUGCUUGAUCUAGACAUCAUGUUCCACACGGAUGAGCUUUCCGAGCAUCAGCUGGGAGAGAAGCUUCCAUGGAACAUUAAGAAGCCAUAAAACAUGUCUUCUUAAUUGUGAGGGCAGCCUCAUCAAGCUUAUUUUGUAGCUGUAGAACAGGGAGUAGUGGCUAGAGAGUAAGAUCGUCUACCUUAUUCUUUUUCUAAUUCCAUGUAAAAGCAUUUACUGCAAUCUAAUUAUUUGCUCCUCUCGAGCAAGGGAGAAACCCCAGACUAGUUUGUCCUUAUUGAUUUUUGUAAGCUAAUUUGAUGGAGAUAUUAAUUGCUUCUCUUUCCCAACUGAACAUGGAUCAAGAGUUUGGAAAGAUGCAAAAUCAAACCAAUUUUUUUUCAGAUUCAAAAAUAGAACAAUCUGUUA